CGUGACCUAGGUCCCCUGUUUGGUUAGGUCUUCCUUCAAAUUAGUCGAGUCUUCUUUGUUUUUCACGGUUUUAGUUAGGGAGGGUGUUUGUAACGAUUAUACGUGACAGCAGACCUUGAAACUAAGGAUGUAUUUCAACAGGCAUUUGAGCCCCUUAAAAAGGUUGUUGGAAAUUUAAUUUAAACCUUAAAUCACUCAAAGAUCAUCUCAAAGUUAUAGGGUCAGUAGUAUUUUAGCAAAUCAGAUAUUCGGUUAAUUCGAAGCAGCGGUUUAUUCGGAUUUUCCUCCACUGUUUAAUAUUCACAUUUGGUAUGUCAGCUGAGUUCUGUGCAUUUAUGUACAGGGGAGGCGUGUCAACUAAUGUCGGGAAUGAGACAGUUUUAGGUAGUCCUGUCCCAGUUGCACAUUCAACUGCUGGUGGCAAUAAAAAUUCAGCUCACAACAGAAAUGGUCGGGCCUACUUCGAUGAAAUCCUACCAACUUCACCAGCUCUCCUAAAACAGACUUACGUUAUUGAAGGCGGUAAAAACCAUCAAAAUCGUAAUAUUCAAGAUGAAGGCGAUAAGGAAGCUAGCAUUUUAAACAUUGAUACAAUAAAGGGUCUUUCAGAUAGUGUUUUAGAUCGCAGCUUGCAGGUUCGUAAAGAUGAAGUGAUUGCAAAAAAGUUAAGUGAAAAGAACCAAAUGAAGCAACUGGAUACCUUUAAUGUUAAACACUGUCAGUCUCCUUCUACGGAUAUUGAAACAGAGCAACAGAAAAUUCAGUUCGAUGACGAAGAACUAAAAAAGUUAGAAGAGGCCUUUAGCGAUUUCGAUUGUGACACAUCAGAAACAACUAUCCCAACUCGCGCGUGUGAAACAUUUGCCCGUCGAGUAUCAUGCAAACCAUCAGCGACGGGGGAAGAGUGUUCAGAAGGUAAUACAACAUCAGUUCCUUCCUUACAGUCAGCCGAGGGCAGUGGUGAAGCAGAUAGUAAUAUUGUUGAUGUUGAAGCACAAGAUGCUACACAAUCACAUGUUGUUUGCGCGGCUACUGCACUUUUUACUCAAGUUUCAGAAGGUCAUUCAGACAAUACUAUUGACAAGCAGUUAAGCUCACAGACUAAGGGAGUUGAUCAGUCACUUAUAAGAUCUCGAGUCAAACUAUAUUCACAGCUACCAUGUCUUACUGGCUUAUCAUCUGCUUAUGAGAGUAAUUCAUUCGACAACAAGUCAGAUAAUUGUGUACCACCUGAAUUGCCUAAACCAACUACAAGUUUGAAUGCAAAUAAUUCUGCAUCGCAAUCACUAGUACAUGAUGUAAAUAGACAAUUCCUAAGCCAUACAAACAGUCAUCUUGCUAAGUCAGUGGAUGUAAAUAAUAUUUCUGAAGCUCCAGUCGAGCAGAUUUCAAAACACAACUUAUCUGAAAAUGCUUCACAUGAUGCCCAGAAAGUUGAUAAUACUCUGGAAGCUGACAAUACAAUAUUAGGAAAUCUGGAUAUGUCAAAAAUCGAUAUUAGCUGUUUACACAUGUCUGAUAUUGAUGGCUUACUGGAUAUGAUAACUGCUAUAGGUAAGCAGUCGAAAACUUGUGAACCAGCAGCAACUCAGUGCAAUAAAGUAUCUUCACAGUUAAUUAAACAAGUGGCUGCUGUCAGACAAGGACUAAAACCUGCUGUUAGUAAUACAAUUGGUUCUAAUAAUAACAUUGUUUACAGUUCAGAUGGGAAACAACCAAAUUUUCCUUUAUCCAAGGUCGAGGGGGGAAAAGAGAAUGUACCACCUGCUAAUGAUAUGAUUUGUUCUGAGAAAGAAAAUCUAAGCGUCAACAGGAAACAUUCUCAACAUUCGAAUCCUCUUCAUUCAAAUGAAUCUACUAAUUCACCUACUAGAUAUCUACCAAAAGCUGGACAUGAAAAUUUAUCGAUUAAUAAAGUGUCUAUAACGCCUCAGAAGGAUGCUGUUUCUUCAGAAAUGUCUAAAGCUCAAAAAGUUCCUAUUCUUUCAAAUACUGACUGUUUAAUAUGGGCUGGAGCUGUUUGUGGACAAAUGCAGCGAAAGAGUUUCCUCAUUAAACAUAAAAUGGAUAAACCGGUCACACUGUCAUUUGCUGUUCGUCCUAAAUCCGAAGUUUUCAAACUUGUUGAUGAAAAUGGUUAUCUUAUUACGGGGAUGUACCGGGUUCAUUUACCGCCGAAUCUUGAAUAUGAAGUUAAUGUUGCCUAUGUAGGCAAGCAUCCAGUUUCUUGGGAUUUUGCAAAUUUAUUUUUUCGUUUAGAGGAUAAAACACUAACUCGUACAUCAAAGGUGAGACUGAUCGGAUAUACAAAUUCCAGCCAGUUAGUGUAUUACUGUUGUUCAAAGUUAAGUUCUAACGUUUAUUGGACUGUAGCAUCUCAAGUAGAUCCUAUUUGUGAGAUGAUUGACAAAAAGAAUGAAAAAACAAAUCCUCAAUCUCCAAAAUGCUGUUUAACUUCAAAUUUAUCUGGAUGUUGUUUGGCGAGAAUUACUGUCAGCAAUUUCGGUGCAAGAUCUGCAUGGGUUUGUGCACGUGUAGAAUGUUUGGAUCAGAAAUCUGAUGAUCAAAAAGAUUGUAACGAGUUUUCUGAUUACGGGAUAGUAGUUGAUCCGGAGAAUUUGGUGAUUGGAUCAAAACAAUCUGAGAGUAUUUCUAUCACUUUAAAACCUGGAGUAAAAGCUGCACGUAUUGUGUUGUAUCAUGGCGAUGAAAUACUUCGUUAUCAAUUUCGACAAUUAUACACUCAGUCUCAGAAAUCAUCGAAACACGAAAAGCCAUCUAACAACAAUCAGAAGGAUAGUCGCUUGCGUUUGCUAGAUAUCUUGAAAGAUUUUGCACAUGAACAGUCUAUUCAAGUUGUUGAACUGCCAUCAUCAUCACACAACGAUCUUCGACCACAAGAUUGGCGUCAAGCUUUGAUAGAUCAAGUACAUCAUUGUGAGCCUAUGUACUUGUAUAUUUAUGCAUCAAAAGAAGACCAAGCUUCCAGUUGUUUUAAUCAACCUGACGUGUAUUCAUCUCAUUCAGUAUGUGAAUCACUGUUAGAAAAUUCGCUAACUAGUGUUCUUGUUCAACAAGAUGCUUUUAAACAGCGAAGUUCUCUUAAUUCUACUCUUCAAGAUUUUACGGUAAUGUUGUCAUCGAAAUCAUUAUCUAAGCGAUCCAGUUUACAAGAUGCUUGUCCACCAGCAACUAAUCGCAGUCCCAGUAUUUCGACUAAUCGAAGGGAGUUAAAUUUACAGCCUCCAAAGAUAAAACUGAACCCUUCCCACACUUUGGUAUUUCCAUCUUGUGUUCAUGGAUGUUCAACAGAAGCUUCUUUUUCAGUAAGUUUAGAACAAACCAACUUUCCUAUUCCAUCCAGUAGUAGUGAUUCUUCUCCAUUAUGGAAAGUGAUUUGGUCAGCAAAUCCUGUGACAGAUGUACAAAUUAAAAGGCCUACUGUAAAUUCUUCAUGUUCAGUAAGCAAAAGGCUAACUUUGGGACGGGAUGUAUUUCAGCUGAUGAAUACAAAAAUCGAUUCACCCAAGACUAAUUGUCAGUCUACCGAUAAAUUCGACAGCCUGUCAUCUGAUCCUAACAAAGCUGGACAUGGCCAAUUGAUUAUACCCUUUCUUUUUAAACCUGUUUCAUCACAUGAAUAUACAAUGUUUCAAGAUUGGCACCUUAAUUUUUGGAUAGAACCAUACUCACAAAAUAAACCUGGUCAUGAAGUACAAGUUAACUCAAAAGACUCCGUUACACUUUUAGUCACUUUAGAAGGUUCGUGCUGUAAACCUACGCUAAAUAAAAGAUCUCCAUGCGCUCAUCUACAAAACACGUGUAACAGCAAACUUGAAGUGUCGUGUUCACUGUCCAAAGAUCUCACAUUCAAUGAUCGUAAUGUGUCUCUGUCGAGAGAAAGUACUGCAAAAUCUGUUCCUAUAGGUCUACUUGAUAUUGUCGGUCUGCCGGUUAUAUUUGAGGUCAUAGAUUCAAAGUCUGCAAUCAAAACUGGUUUCCACAAUAUUAUGCUGAUCAACCGCUUGAAGACAGCAGAGGUUUUCGUCAAACUUCAACUUCCAAAUCCACCUUUUUAUAUGACAGAACCAAAAGAAACGAGGUUUCGUAUUGCACCUCGUUCUCGUGUAAAGCUAGUGCUUAGCUUUCAACCUUAUGAUUUGGGACGUGCAAGUUCAGUUUUGGGAAUCCGUGUUGAAUGCCGCAACCAAACAGAAGCCGACAAACCAACUGUUGAUACAUUUCAAAUUCACUUAUUUGGCACAAUGAACUAACUUUGCUUUCUUAUAUAUUUCGCACCUACAUGUAUAUUUCUAUUGUGAUCUUAAUAUUUACUGAUUAGCAUAUGAAUCAAUACAAUAAUAUUUCGUGUGGCUAAAUAACUUAUUCUCUUAUUGUGAGGAACAAACCACACACUAUUUGAAUUUAAAAAUCCGAAAACUUUAGAAAUAAAUAUGAGAUCAUAUAGAAAAACGAUUGCAAGCUAUACGUAUCUGUAAGACAGGUUGAUGGUUGACAAGAUCAGUAGAUUAGGUCAGAAGAUCGACGGUCCUAAAAAUCCAUCGACAAGUGAAGUUAGCAUGGUCAUCUGAUCCACUCUGUUGAUAAGUACACGUGUCGUGAAGUCCUUAAUUAUUUAUUUCUAUUCCUCUGCAAGCAUACACAAAAAAGCUUCGCGCAUUCCGGAACCACUAAAAGUAAUUAAAAUGUAUUGAUUAGUGCAAGUCGCUACACUUUCCAGCAAAUAUUUUAAGAGGACGAAAAACAAAGCUGGCGAUAGAUAGAUUACCUAAGAAUAUUAAAAUUCUCGAAAUCUGAGUACUGGAUGCUUUUAUGAACCUAAUAUAGCUACUGAACCUUGUCUAUAUUUCAAGAAUACUGAUUCUAGGCAGCUAGAACGUUUUAAACCGAUCUGUUUUGAGCUGUUAGUACGCUGCUAUUUGGCUCAACCGUAUAAAUUUAAUUAGAAUAAGAACACGUGAAUAGAAAAAUAGUUUUUUUAUUAUUUACAACUUAGUGUUACUCAGAUGCAGUAAAAAUUCUCCCUCUAUCACGAGCUUUACGAAUUUUUUUCGAAAGCUUCUUCGUCCUUCUUGCUUGGAUAUUUGCUGUUCUUUUCAUUUGUUUAUCACGCAUCUUUUGUUCAGUGGCUUCUGUGCGUUUCUUCCAAUUUUUAGCACUUUUCCUCUUGAGUUUUUGUACUUUUUUAGCUGAUUUUUUAAGCAGUGAUAUGUCAUCUUUAACCUUCACACCUUGAAUAAUAAUAGACUAGUUAU